GUUCGUGCAGCUGGCGAGGGAGGGGGCGCCCGCGCCGCCAUAUUCCCUCCCGCCGGCCGGCACCGCGGCGCGCAGCCACCAUGAGCACCGCCGCCUUCCACAUCUCCAGCCUCCUGGAGAAGAUGACGUCCAGCGACAAGGACUUCAGGUUCAUGGCCACCAGCGACCUGAUGUCAGAGUUGCAGAAGGACUCCAUUCAGCUGGACGAGGACAGUGAGCGCAAGGUGGUGAAGAUGCUGCUCCGGCUCCUAGAGGACAAGAACGGUGAGGUGCAGAACCUGGCUGUCAAGUGCCUGGGUCCUCUGGUGAGCAAAGUGAAGGAGUACCAGGUGGAGACCAUCGUGGACACCCUGUGUGCCAACAUGCGGUCGGACAAGGAGCAGCUACGAGACAUCGCUGGCAUUGGCCUCAAGACUGUCCUCUCGGAGCUCCCCCCUGCAGCCACAGGCUCCGGGCUGGCCACCAACGUGUGCCGGAAGAUCACGGGCCAGCUCACCAGUGCCAUUGCCCAGCAGGAGGAUGUGGCUGUGCAGCUGGAAGCUCUGGACAUCCUCUCUGACAUGCUGAGCAGGCUGGGUGCCCCUCUGGGCGCCUUCCACGCCAGCCUCCUGCACUGCCUGCUGCCACAGCUGAGCAGCCCGCGCCUGGCGGUGCGCAAGCGGGCGGUCGGGGCGCUUGGCCACCUGGCGGCCGCCUGCAGCACUGACCUCUUCGUCGAGCUCGCUGACCACCUACUGGAACAGCUGCCCGGCCCGCGGGCGCCCACCAGCCCAGCUACCAUUCGCACCGUGAUUCAAUGUUUGGGCAGCGUCGGCCGCCAGGCCGGCCACCGCCUCGGGGCUCACCUGGACCGCCUGGUGCCCCUGGUAGAGGAUUUCUGCAACCUGGAUGAUGAUGAGCUCCGGGAGUCCUGCCUCCAGGCCUUUGAGGCCUUCUUGAGGAAGUGCCCCAAGGAAAUGGGCCCUCACGUGCCCAACGUAACCAGCCUCUGCCUCCAGUACAUAAAACACGACCCCAACUACAACUACGACAGUGAUGAGGAUGAGGAGCAGAUGGAGACGGAGGAUAGUGAAUUCAGUGAGCAAGAAAGUGAGGACGAGUACAGCGAUGAUGAUGAUAUGAGCUGGAAGGUGCGCCGGGCAGCGGCCAAGUGCAUCACGGCCUUGAUCGGCUCGAGGCCUGACCUGCUGCCCGAUUUCCACUGCACCCUGGCGCCUGUGCUCAUCCGCCGCUUCAAAGAACGCGAGGAGAACGUCAAGGCUGACAUCUUCACUGCUUAUAUCGUGCUGCUGCGGCAAACACGGCCCCCAAAGGGAUGGCUGGAGGCCAUGGAGGAACCCACCCAGACUAGUAGCAACCUCCACAUGCUACGUGGACAGGUGCCCCUUGUGGUCAAGGCUCUGCAGCGGCAGCUUAAAGAUCGGAGCAUCAGAGCACGCCAGGGCUGCUUUAGCCUCCUCACUGAGCUGGCGAGCGUCCUCCCCGGCAGUCUGGCCGAACACAUGCCAGUGCUGGUAUCAGGCAUCGUCUUCUCACUCGCUGACCGCUCCAGCUCCUCCACCAUCCGGAUGGAUGCCCUGGCCUUCCUGCAGGGGCUGCUGGGCACUGAGCCAGCUGAGGCCUUCCACCCACACCUGCCCACCCUCCUGCCACCUGUGAUAGCCUGCGUGGCCGACCCUUUCUACAAGAUUGCAGCUGAGGCCCUGCUGGUGCUACAGGAGCUGGUGCGGGCCCUGUGGCCGCUGGACAGGCCUCGGACGCUGGAUCCUGAGCCAUAUAUUGGAGAGAUGUCUGCGGCCACCCUGGCACGACUCCGUGCCACUGACCUGGACCAGGAGGUGAAGGAGCGGGCCAUCUUCUGCAUGGGCCAUCUUGUAGGCCACCUGGGUGACUGGCUUGGGGAUGACCUGGAGCCCACAUUACUGCUCCUCCUGGACCGCCUGCGGAAUGAGAUCACCCGGCUGCCCGCCGUCAAGGCGCUGACGCUGGUGGCCGUAUCCCCACUGCGGCUUGACCUGAAGCCCAUCCUGGCUGAGGCACUGCCCAUUCUGGCCUCAUUCCUGCGUAAGAACCAGCGGGCUUUGCGGCUGGCCACGCUGGCAGCCCUGGAUGCCCUGGCCCAGAACCAGGGCCUCAGCCUCCCACCAUCUGCUGUGCAGGCCGUGCUGGCUGAGCUGCCUGCCCUGGUCAAUGAGAGUGACAUGCAUGUGGCCCAGCUGGCUGUGGACUUUCUUGCCACGGUGACCCAGGCCCAGCCGGCCUCUUUGGUGGAGGUCAGCGGCCCUGUGCUCUCAGAGCUGCUGCGGCUGCUGUGUUCGCCCCUAUUACCAGCUGGGGUACUGGCAGCCACUGAAGGUUUCCUGCAGGCCCUGGUGGGGACCCGUCCCCCGUGUGUGGACUAUGCCAAACUCAUCAGCCUGCUCACUGCGCCUGUUUAUGACCAGGCUGUGGAUGGUGGGCCAGGCCUGCACAAGCAGGUAUUCCACUCACUGGCCCGGUGUGUGGCAGCCCUCUCAGCUGCCUGUCCCCAAGAGGCGGCAAGCACAGCCAACCGCCUAGUUUGUGAUGCCAGGUCACCCCACUCCAGCACGGGGGUUAAGGUCCUGGCUUUCCUGUCGCUGGCCGAGGUGGGUCAGGUGGCUGGGCCAGGCCCCCAGCGGGAGCUGAAGGCAGUGCUCCUGGAAGCCUUGGGGUCACCCAGUGAGGACGUGAGGGCUGCAGCCUCCUAUGCACUGGGCCGCGUGGGUGCUGGCAGCCUGCCUGACUUCCUGCCCUUCCUGCUGGAGCAGAUUGAGGCUGAGCCCCGACGACAGUACCUGCUGCUGCACUCACUCAGGGAGGCCCUGGGGUCCGCCCAGCCUGACAGCCUGAAGCCCUACGCCGAGGACAUCUGGGCCCUGCUGUUCCAGCGCUGCGAGAGUGCUGAGGAAGGCACCCGGGGGGUGGUGGCCGAGUGCAUUGGGAAGCUGGUCCUUGUGAACCCUCCGUUCUUUCUGCCCCGCUUCCGGAAGCAGCUUGCUGCAGGUCGGCCCCACACCCGGAGCACUGUCAUCACAGCGGUCAAGUUCCUUAUCUCGGACCAGCCCCAUCCCAUUGACUCCCUGCUGAAGAGCUUCAUUGGAGAGUUCAUGGAGAGCCUGCAGGACCCAGACCUGAACGUGCGCCGUGCAACUCUGGCUUUCUUCAACUCGGCCGUGCACAACAAGCCCUCGCUAGUCCGGGACCUGCUGGAUGACAUCCUGCCCCUCCUCUACCAGGAGACAAAGAUCCGCCGGGACCUCAUCCGAGAGGUGGAGAUGGGGCCCUUUAAACAUACAGUGGACGAUGGGCUGGAUGUGCGGAAGGCGGCCUUUGAGUGCAUGUACUCACUGCUUGAGAGCUGCCUGGGCCAGCUGGAUAUCUGUGAGUUCCUGAACCAUGUGGAAGACGGGCUGAAGGAUCACUAUGACAUUCGGUCUGCCUGUCUCUUCCUUGGCUUUAUUACUGCUUUAAACCCUUGCUUCCUGCCACCUCCCAAGAAAGAGAAAAGAAAUGACAUAAGUUCUACAUAACUUCUCUGGGGUUCCAGCCCCAAGGUCUUUGUUGAGAAAGGGGGUUGGGUUUUCCAGUGUAGGCCGUGAGAACUAGUAGGAAAUGAUGGGGCACACAGAGCUGAACAGGACUUUCCACCACAGGGCUCCCAGGAGGCUCCAGGUGGGAGGGGUGUACUCAGCUUCUCUCAUUUAGGUAUGCCUGGUAUUAGGCAUCUUGGGGCGCUAGUGACCCCAGAACACAGAUUAAGGAGUUCUUGGCUGGUCCAACACUCCAGCUUGUGGGGAUUUUUCCCAGGCUCCAGCAAGUCUCUUCCGUCCACUCUGGCCAUAUCCUCGUGCCUGCCCUCCAGGAGAGCAGGACAGGGUCUAGGCACCAGUGCAGCCUUGGAGCCCACUCUGCUGCCACCCCCUGGGGUGAAGAGGGUGGGUGUGACAGCUCUAGAGCCCAUAGCUUUGUGUUAUCUUCAAGUGAGCCUUUGGAGAGGGAGUGAACGCCGCCCCGUUCACAGGAAGACAGGGAGUCUUGUCUGGUUCGAGGACACAGGGUGGUGGAGGAGUCAAGACUCAUAGCUCAUGGAGUCCAGCACCGCUGCUUCUCGCUGCUGUGGGCUGGGCCUCCUCCUCCACUGUGGGGUGUAGGAGGGUCAGGGUGUGGGGAUGGGUAGGGUGGGGAUUUCAGAUAGCCAUUCUUUAUACUGUGCAAGGCUUCUUUGUGAAGACUUGACCAUUUUCAAAAGAGAUGACAAUUUUUUUCCUACAGGCCGAGUCCAGGCCUGCAGCCGUGUUUAGUUAGUGUCAAAGUUUUUGUUUGGUUUUGAAAUUAGGUGCCAACAUUCAAAAAUUGAGAUUUUUUUUUUUUUUACUUGAAAAUUGGGAUUUCUUUUGAAAACAAUCCAGUGGCCCCAAGCCACAUGUCUGCUUUCCCACCUGGCCAUAGUCGGCUAGAGCCGAGCAGCCACUGUGGCUGCAGCAAGGGCUCCCUGCUCUGUCCCAGGCCCCAGCGGCCCCCUUCACUCAUCCCCAGCAUCUGCCUGACCCGUAGGCAUCUGAGCUUGAGAACCAUUCCCUCCCUGGUGCUUCUUAUCUGAUCCUCCUCAGGUCAACCUGAGGAGUAAUUGGCAAAGAAAGUGUCACCAUUCGAGGAAACAGACCCAGAGAGGGAGAGACUCUGGCAGGACUUCAUGGUGGUCUGGACUUGGGCUUCAGGUUUCGGGUGUGGGCCUCUGCUCUUUCCCAGGGCUGGCUGCCGCACCAUCUCACCAAGAAUUCUGUUUCCUUCCUUCU